GGGGGAAAUGAGGGGAAGAGAGAUGAGAGAGGAGGAAAGAGAGAAACAGAAGAGAGGGAGAGAGGAAAGGAUGGUAUGAGGACAGAAAGGGAGAGAGAGACAGUUGGAGAAAGAAGGGAGUGACAGAGAGAGCUGAAAAAAGAUGGAAGGAAAGAGAUGGAGAGGAGGGAAAGACAGAUAGAUGAGGCAGCCCUUCUUCCCCCAUUUACAGCCUUCAUUACAAGGAAUAGCUCGCUGGGGGGUUCUGGGGAGAAGGACCGAAUUCAAAAGAGUGUGACGCAGAACCAAAAGGCAUCAAUAAAGAUUGAAUCUGAAAAUCUCUCGCGCUUGGAAGAAAAGCGCUGGCUCUGCUUAGGGGUAGUCUGACAGCAGCCCCCAGCCCCUUAUACCUCCUGGGGUAUCUUGCACCUUCCACAGCACCUUCCGACUCUGGGCCCGCCUUCUCUCUCAUCACCAGACUUUAGCUUUGGCAACCAAGGAACGACAGGACCGCGGCAACCGGCGAGUGGGCCAAUCGGCUUUGAGAAGCGUGGUGCACCCCGCCCCGCCCCCACCCCACCCGCCCUCGGGCUUCUCUUUCUCCCUCACUCCCGGAGCGCGCGGCUCCACGCACGCGCACGAAGCGGAGCACGAGACCGCCACCCCCACGCCUUCAGGCUCUAUCCGCCUCGCUCCGCCCUUGCAGCCUCGGGGCGCGCGCGACCAACCCCGGCGUGACGUCACCGACCCGGCCCCCCUGCGCCACGUGACGAUCUCCUCAGCUCGCUCGCCGGCUCGAGUCGCAGAGGCCGGUGGAACGGACGGAGACGGCGGCUAAGAAGGCUCCUGAAUGGAAGUGGUGAGUGCAGCGGUGAUGUUGGCUGCCGAGCCGGCCUGAGGCGGCUGCAGCCGGGAGACCCACCGACCGACCGACUGUCUGCGACUGACUGACCGACGGCCGGCGGCGGUGACGGAGCUCCGCGCAGUGCCGGCUCCUCACGCCCGGCCUGGCCAUGGCGACGGCCCCCUCGCAGCAGAAAGAGAACACGCUGCUGCACCUCUUCGCCGGAGGGUGUGGGGGCACAGUUGGUGCUAUUUUUACUUGUCCUCUAGAGGUAAUUAAGACCAGACUUCAGUCUUCAAGAUUAGCUUUACGGACUGUCUACUACCCUCAAGUCCAGCUGGGGACCAUCAGUGGAGCAGGAGUGGUCAGACCAACAUCCGUAUCACCUGGACUCUUACAGGUUCUGAAGUCAAUUUUGGAGAAGGAGGGACCAAGGUCGCUUUUUAGAGGCUUGGGUCCAAAUUUAGUUGGAGUUGCACCAUCAAGGGCUGUAUACUUUGCCUGUUACUCUAAGGCCAAAGAGCAGUUUAAUGGCAUUUUUGUGCCUAACAGCAAUAUUGUUCACAUUUUCUCCUCUGGAUCUGCAGCUUUUAUCACAAAUACCUUAAUGAAUCCUAUAUGGAUGGUUAAAACCCGGAUGCAAUUAGAACGAAAAGUAAGAGGUUCCAAACAGAUGAACACUGUCCAGUGUGCUCGUUAUGUUUACCAGACAGAAGGCAUUCGUGGAUUCUAUAGAGGAUUAACUGCCUCAUACGCUGGUAUUUCUGAGACCAUAAUCUGUUUUGCUAUUUAUGAAAGCUUAAAGAAAUGGCUAAAAGAGGCUCCAUUAACCCCUUCUGCAAAUGGGACUGAGAUAAGCAGAAACUCCACCAACUUUUUUGGACUUAUGGCUGCUGCUGCUAUUUCCAAGGGAUGUGCCUCCUGUAUUGCUUAUCCACAUGAAGUCAUAAGGACACGGCUUCGAGAAGAAGGCACCAAGUAUAAAGCUUUCAUUCAGACAGCUCGCCUGAUAGCACGAGAAGAAGGUUAUCUGGCCUUCUACAGAGGACUCUUUGCCCAGCUCAUCCGGCAGAUCCCAAAUACUGCUAUUGUGUUGUCCACCUAUGAGCUCAUUGUGUACUUACUAGAAGACCAUACAAAGUGACAGGCCAGGAAAAUGGGCUUUAGAAGAAUAAAACUGAAAAACUGCAGGGCAGUUUCUCCAUUGAUGUUUAAAAUGUUUAAGAGACUGAUGCAGGAAUGGCUGAAACAUCUCUGGCUUUUAUCACCUGCUGGACUUUUCCUUUUGGAUUCAUGCUUUCUGGAAGGUUUUAAUUCAUUAACGUUAAUAGUUAAUUACAAUUUUUUAACUUAAGAAUUCAGAAUUAAGCAGCUACUAAAUUAAAUCAUGCUAUUUAAUUUAAGUAUAAAUUUUGUUUGUGUCCUUUUUUAUGUUCAUUGUACUGUCAUGUAAGGCAUUAAUUUAUUUUAGCAAAAUGUGCUCCAGAAGUGUUUACUGACACUGUUACAACAACAAGAGAGCUGAUUUUUAAUCGACCUAGAUCUCACCCUGCUGGUGUUGGUCAAACAUCAGUUUUGAGUAGCCUGGUGGACCAGAACAGAUGGAGUCAUGUUUUUUCCUCUUAGUUAUGUUUCAUGUUUUCAUGCUGCUUAUAACCCAGACUUUCAGACUGCUGAGAUCAGCAAACCAUUUUUAGCCAUCUAGAAAGAAGCGGUUUAGACUGUAAAAUUGUUUUAUGGCUUUAUAGCCACAUCCCAUCCUCACUUCAUCAAAAGCAUGGGUCUAUCCCUUAAACCUGUGGGCACACCUCACCCUAUAGACCUGCCAGAAAUGAUUUUAAGAGAGCUUGAACUAACAAUAACCAUUAGCCUCUUGAAGUUGGCUUUGAUUGUAUUUCAAAGGCAGCAGUCUGAUUUUCUAACCAUUUGCUUAAAUCUCUCCAGAGAAACUCAAUAGGACAAGGGCACUUCAUUCCACUGAGGCAUAUUGGUUAGGGGCUGGAAGUUGUUUACAAUAUGUUGGAAAAUAAACUGCUAGUAAUGAGAGCUUCGGAAAAGGCCACACAAGCUUUACCACUUCCUAUAUAUAUGCUUUUUCAAUGUAAUAAAAAGUCAACUUCAUCUUAACUACGAGAGGUCAGUCAUGUGAAAAUUAAGUUGUCUCUUCAUACUUGUAACUAGGAUUUUUAAUGUUUUGUACUAAGUUGGUUUUCAAUUUGAAUGAUUAGUAUGGUAGAUGUUAGUGAUUGCCAUGAUGCUUGAGCUGUUUAGAUUUGUAAUUUCCCAUUGAUUUGCAGAUGGUCUGGAGAGGGUAUUUAAAGCAGAUUGCAUUAAAAAGGUUCCUUUUUCUCUUCUUGGA